UGCUUCCAAAAGUUACCUUAUAUGUUUCAUGUGGAUACUUGUUCACCUCUGCGCUGCACCGGAAUAAUCAAAAUAAUAAUACAUGUAUUUCACUCGCUGUCCUCACUUCUCACUUUUGGGUUCCGACCCACUAGUGGAGAACAUCUGCCAUGAUCCUAAAACAAAAUGUUCUUUUCCACUCAUGUCCUUCUAGGCGUUUAUGGUGGACUUUCCCCAAAAAUCAAAUGUGACAGUUCAUGUUGGUUCUGGCCAAGUUUGUCUUGCGUGUCCUUAUAGUAAAAUUGAAAUGUGUUGCUCCCCCACACAAAUGUGUUGUUUGCCACUCGCAGUCCACACCCUUCCUCUAACGAACUUGGUAAGAGUCCCAUGUGCACACCGCUGUCUUCCCAAAUAGGCUCAGUACUUUGUGAGGGUCCUGGCACCGAUGUGUUGGUGGAACCAGACCGGGUGUCUAGCACGUAUAUCCGCGAUGGAGACUGACGCACAAAACUGCGACCUGUUUCACACCUGGUGUCAUGCCAGGCCUUUGACUUGAAAUGUUGGCUUAAGAAAUAUUUUAUUUCCCAAUUCAUCGACAUUCAUCAUUACAUUAAUGUUUGAAUAAUCGUUGAUCGCAUCCCUAUUCCUUAUUGUAGUCACUGGAAAUGAGAUGCCUUGGCAUUUGAAUUAGAUUUGGGACUUUGAGAAAUGUCUACCAAAAGCAAAACAUAAGAAAAUGUUGUAAAUAAGUCAAAUAUAGUAACAGAAACAGUUUUUUUGUCAAACCGUCAGUCAGCUGUAUAUUUGGUGCUCACCUCACAGUGAAUCAUUUCACACAAAUGCUGGCAUACAAAGAAAGCAGUCACUGUGAAAGAGACGUGCACACAGUGCUUCAUUCUCACAUCACUUAAGCUGGGGACUGGGGUUGGCGCCUUGCUCAAGGGCACCUCGACAAUCGCCAGGAAGCAGGCUCGCAUCGCUCCAAGACCUACUUGCUAUUUUUACAUUGUGUCUGUAGCAACCCAUGAAACAUGACCCUCUGGUUCCAAAGCCCAAGUCGUCACAAAUGAGCUACUCCCGCCCAUCCCUUUUAUCCAGCCGUUCUGCACUUUGUCAUAAAUUUAAAGAAUGCACGGCGGGUCAUCUGCCUGUACUAUCAGCGAGUUGUCAGACAAACUUAAGCUGGACAGCAAGAGAGAAGGCGGGGUUACAAAGCAAAUGACACAGAAGAUGAGAAAGCGUGAGAUGUUGCUUGCCGGCUCAUCAUUGGCUGAGCAGAAGCCCCCGUCGUGUGGAGGAAAUAUCAUCAGGGAAACUUGCUUUCGCUGCCUUGCUUUGCAUUGCAAGCUCUUUGCAAAAAUGGGCGACGACCGACCUUUUGUGUGCCAUGCUCCUGGCUGUGGACAGAGAUUUACCAAUGAGGACCACUUGGCUGUACACAAACACAAGCAUGAGAUGACGCUAAAGUUUGCACCCAGGACAGACUCGGUCAUUAUUGCAGACCAGACGCCCACUCCUACUCGCUUCCUAAAGAACUGCGAGGAAGUAGGUCUGUUCAAUGAUCUGGCCAACUCCUUCGAACAAGACGACGAUGACAGCAAGCGAGCGAAGAACUCUCUCCCGGCUCCCUCUUCCGCGGCUUUGGACAUGAGCCUGCAGACACCAUCAGAUGUGAAGGUGAAGGAGGAGGAACCAGUGGAGGUUGACUCCUCGCCACCAGACAGUCCAGACUCCAUCUCUGCAACAACAGAGAGCAGAGCGCCCUUGGUCAAGGUGAAGGACAUGCCACCCAGGAGCUCAGCUCCAACACCUACCAUUGUGCGUCCAGGUUCCCUGCCGUUGCACCUGGGCUUUGAUGCCCUUCAGCCCACCAUGCCAUCACCCACCUCCGUUAUCACACAGGCACCACCUUCUAAUCGCACUUUGGGUUCACCAACAAGCCACUACCCCAUGAUGAUGCUCCCCUCGGGUCAGGCGGUGCCUGUCCUCCCAGGGCCUGUUCAGAUACCAUCUGUCAUCAAUCUGGCUCGACCCAUGUGUAUGAUACCAAACAUUCCCGGGAUCCCUGGUCCUUCUCUUGGAAGCAGCAGCAGCGGUUCAAAUUCCCCCUCUGGCUACAGCAUCCACUCCGAGGCCAAGAUGCGUCUGAAGGCAGCGCUGUCCCAGCAGAGCCCAUCAGGACACAGUAUAGGCAUGAUGGCCAUGGGCAACAGUCCUAUGGCACCUCAGAGAGCAGAACAGAGCCAGCUGCUUGUCCAGCAGCCAGAUGCUCAAUCACCUGCACAGCCUCAGGUAUCACCAGCACAGCCCACAGGUGGGCGUCGGCGACGGACAGCAGACGAUGACCCGGAUGAGCGGAGGCAGCGCUUCUUGGAGAGGAAUCGAGCGGCGGCAUCACGCUGCAGGCAGAAACGCAAACUGUGGGUCAACUCGUUGGAAAAAAAGGCAGAGGAUCUCAGCAGCAUGAACGUCUCGCUGUCGAACGAGGUGUCUCUGUUGCGAAACGAGGUGGCUCAUUUGAAGCAGCUGCUGUUGGCACACAAGGACUGUCCUAUCACCACCCUGCAGAAGAAAUCCACCUACCUAGUAGCUGUGGACGAGAACAUGAAAGAUACCUCGGAACCAACAGGUUCCCCCGCGCCGGUGAUCCAGCACAGCUCGUUGGCGCCCAGCCCCUCGGUCGUCCACAACGGCCUGAGUUCGAGGGCGGCGGCUGAAGCCAUGGCCAUGUCUGUGCUCGCUGGUUUGGGUCAACAGCAGAACGUCGAGAGCGGAGCUUCUCACAUCAUCAUGGCUGCACAUUCGCAGUCCGCCGCCAGAUGAUGAGCAAUGGCGCCAGCCACACAGACUCCCCUCACAUUUUUCACUCAGUGAAGAAGAGCAGCGUCUUCCCUGCCCUUUCAUGCCCUUCUCUUGAGCCAUCACACUGUGGCCUUGGAGCUCAGUAGCAGCCUUCUGGAAAUGGACUGACUGAGACUUUUGAGAGAGCUUCCUGUUCACUUUGCCAUAGAUGACAGGGGCUGGACUCCCCCUCUUGCUCCUUGUUGUGUCUUCUCUUCCUCACUGAAUGGUUGACAUGUACCGCUCACACACAUUUGCAGACACUCACGCCUGUCCGGCAGGAUUUACACAGCACAUCUAAGUGUCCAGUACAUUGGGCUCGAGCUGGACUGGACUCGUCCUUUAGCAGAGCUGGUGUUACACAACUUUUUGUGAACAAAGGACAUUUGAUUUUGACCUUUUGUGCCUGCUCUGUUACAUUUUGAAUCCAGCCAUUUAGGAUGUCUGAUGACAAAGAGCACUAACAGAAGAUCUUGACUGCUGCAUUAGUAUCUCACUCGUCUACAUAAUUUUUUUUCAGAUGUAUUUUUAUGUUCAACCAUUAUCUGAUGUCACUGCGGGUUCAUUUACUAAACACCUGAAAGAAGCCACAUGCGUAGCUACACAAGUGACAACAUGGACGUAAACAACAACAGAAUCAUUAGUUGGCCAGGACUGACCGUUUACCCCCAUUGGUUUGAAUGCUGUUAAAUUCCUUGCAAAGUACUACAUCGUAUAUUCCAUAUACCC